GUGAAUUCCUCUUGAUUCGGAUAUAGUUCGCGUAACACGUUCAAAGUUAUCGGCAUCAACGCCAAGUUUUAAACUUAGUGUUGGAUGACGCGUAUGUUAUUGAUGGCCCAUUGAAUACUGAUUCUUGCUCUAAAACUGUGAAGUGCUCCCAUGUUAAAUCCAAACCUGCUAGCAACUGAACUUUGCUUAAAUGACAUUCACAACUGAACACUUACGUCAGUCUGUUCUAAGAGAGUUCGCAAGGGUCUUUUCUCUGUUGCCAGGGCAGAAGAUUCUUCUUGUGGAUGCGCAGUUGUUGAAAGCAAUCGACCGUGUGGCCAGCAUGUCCAUUUUAAGACAGUUGUCGGUCACGAAUGUGUUCAAAAUUGCUGAAAGUCCUCCGAAGGCGGACUAUGAGAGGAUCGCUUAUAUGGUCCCGCCAGAGUUUAGCUCAUGCUUAUCGGUAAUUAAACAUUGUGAAGUGGAUCAAUCAGAGAAUAUCAAACGAACGAGGUUGAUAAUCUUUGUCCCCAAAGAGACCGUAGCAGUGACCUAUCUUUUGGAAUCUCGAGGUUUUCUUGGUCGACAUUUAUGUACCACAAGUUUAUCACUUAGUUGGAUUCAAUUAGAUAGAGAUUUGUUAACAUUAAAUUUGCCGACGCUAUUUUCUGACUACUAUUUAUACAAAGAUUAUUGUUGGCCUCAUUAUAUGGGCAUGGAGUUGGGACGUUUGCUUAAAUUAACAAGUGAAAGUGAUUUAGCUCCCAUGGGUUGUCGAAUUCAUGCUUUCGGAGAGGCGUCCCAUGUUGUUGCUGCUGGUAUUCGUUUGUACUGUAUCCAGUCAGGUCUGGUCAGUUUGGAUAGGAAGGUUUCAACUAUUAAUUAUACCCAGUCAAAUUAUCGAAGUAAUGUAUCAGUUUCUGAUGAAAGUGUUUUAACUCCCACCAACUCAUUGAAAAUUGUGGGCUCACAAUCAUCAUCCACGUCAUUGUCAACUACUUCUGCACGUCUACCACCUUUGGUUCUUGUAUUCAGUCGUGAUCUGGAUUACGUAACUCCCCUUUUGGUUCCAAUGACAUUUGAAGCUCUGAUUCACGAAGUUGUUGGGAUAGAAUUAGGUCAAGUUGAAUUACCACCAGAAUGUGCUGAUGAAUCGACACCACAGAAACAAAUUCUUGAUAGCACAAAACUACACUACUACAAAGAUAUUAGAGAUGUCCAUAUAUCUCGUGUUCAUUCAUUACUUCUGGAUUGGCGUGGUAAACUUCAAGAUUCACGUGGUGAUUUAGAGAUGCAGUUGGUUAGUCAAAAAUCUGCUGUUCAGCAUAAACAGCAUUCUAGUUCAAACUCAAUUCAGACUACUAGUACUAUUAAUAACACCUGUAAUUUUCGGAAUAUUAGUACACGUUUAGGUCCAUUUUUAGCUAAAAGACGCGAAUUGUCAUUUCUGUUAGCAUGUUUAGAACAAGUAUUAUGUGCAAUGACACUUAAAGAACGUGUGGAAGAUCUACGUACAGCACAAAGUUUAUUAUUACAAUCCGGUAGCGGGGGAUCUCUUGCAAUUGGUCAAGUUGGAAUUCCCUCUAUUGAUGAUGAAAACGAUGAUGGUGACUCUAAUGCUCCUGAUCGUAACCGAAAAUUUACUCCAGUUUCAAUUGGUGGUUCAUGUGGUAAUUUAGCGGAUAUUUUGAAUUCUUUACCUAUGCGUUUAGCUAUCGAAUGGUUGACUACACACCAUGGUGAUCAUCUAAUUGACGGGCUCCGUCUGGUUGCAUUGAACUGUGUUUUACAUGAUGGCUUAGGUGAUGAAUUGUACGAGGUAAUGAGUCGUGCCAUAAUACAUGCUGCUGGUCAAAUCACCUUUCCUAUGCUUGAAGCAUUAUCCUCACUUGGGUUAUUAUAUCCUCGUUCUAAACUCCCAGAAAUAUCAUCUGCAAAAACAUCUAUUACAAACAAUCAUCCAACUGACCCACAAUCAAGCAUGUUUGUGGUGCAAACAAAUAACUUGACAAAAAAGUCCACCCAUGCACUAACUCAUACUGUUGCCAAGCUAAAAUUAACACAACGACAAAAAUCUCGUUACAAUUAUCUACAUCAUUUGUUACAGUUGAGCAAUUGGAAUCAGGCCAAUCGACAUGUUGAUCGUACAGUUAUUUCACCUACAUAUGUUUAUUCUGGUCAACAUUGUCCUUUAGUUGUUCGGCUUUUAGAGUCUGUUUGGUCAGCUGGUCUUUUAGAUUCUAAAUUUCAGUCUGUUAAAUCAAACUCUUCUGCUGCUGAGCGAAAUCAUUCAGACUUUGAACUAAUUGCCCAGCCACAAUUAAUUGAAGCACUUAAACGAAUGGGUCUCCCAUUUGAAGGUAUGUUUCUCCUUAUAGUGUCAAUUACAAAGAGGAAGUUCCUUGAUAUUUUGUAAGUCUUAUAUUCUCAACUAAUUAGAUUAGAAAUCAACAUUUUAAAACUGUCAAGUGAUAACUAAAAUAAAUGCAAACUUUCUAUAUCAAUUUUUGACUUGUACUGUUAUGGUAGUUGGAAUAAUUUUAGGGCAGUUAAAAUAAAUUUUACAAUUAUUUUUCAUUGUUAUUGUCGGUUUGAGCACCCGGGCAGGUUUCACGGAAAUCAAUGAUAACUGUGUGGCCCAUAUGUAUUUGGUGCCCUCUUGUACCAAUGUUUAUGUAAUAUGUAUAUUAAGAGUUUUAUUUUUACUAAACAAUAAAUCUUCAGUCAUAGGUCAGACGAUAUCAUUUCAUAUUUCUGGAGUGACAAUUGCAUUAGUGAUUCUUUAUUUGAUUUGGUUCUAUAAGUGAGUAGAUUGUGAAGUUACUUAUAACUUGUCAAAAUAGUAUACAAGUAGAUUUCUUUUAAUUUUCAGUAGUAUCUCUUUACAGCGUGCUUUCAUUAAAUAUGAAAACCGUACAUUAAAUACGUUAUUUGCACAUCCUCCUUUAGUUGUCCUUUACAUUCUUCAUGAUUUUUUAAAUUCUGUUGUUAUUACAAUUGCUCUCGGUUUACAUUCCUGUUCUUUUCAAUUCAAUCUUCUGCUGCCAGGUAUUCCACUUCAGAUUGCUGCUACAUAGUACUUAUGUCUGUCAGCAUAAGUUGCAUACGUUAUAUAUAUAUAUAUAUAUAUAUAUAUAUAUAUAUACGACUUUUCCCGAAGUUUUCACAUCAUUCUUCUUAUGAUUUUCUCUAUUUUAUUUCAUAACAAAUAUGUUCAACUAGAAAUCAAACACCUAAUAAUCUUUUUAAUUCAAAGACUAUUUCAUAGAGAAUAUUUCUACUGUAUUGAAGAUUUUACUUCACUUACACAAUUUGAUAAUCGACUGAGAUAUCUGUGAAACAACUAUUAGCGUAAACCUUUACUUCUCAUAGUUAUUUUAGUUUAGUUGGUUUAUUAUUAUCAUUUCAAAAAUACUAGUUAAGUGAAUACGAUUUCUUAAACUGAAUUAGUUCACUUAUUGAUUACCUUCUACAGUACGUGAUUUUCUAAUUCCAUAAUACAUGUAUUUUGUACACUAAUCAUAAUAAUGGAUUUAUAAUCCUGUCAUUGUAUAUGUCAUUAUUCUAAUACAUAGUCAAACCUUCAACUAUUGAAAUAUUGUUAUUUUCUAGAGAUUGUAAAUAAGUAAGUUUUUGUAAACCAAAUUAAAGGAUUUUCUCUUUCUAUCCCAUAAGUUGCUUCAAAUCUGGGUCUCGUUAAUCUCUGUGAUCCAACAUUAACAGCUGCAGGAUAUCAGCAUGAUAUAUUUUUUAAAAAGAACCGUCCAAAUGCCCCAGCUCCACAUCCUUUACCUCUUGUAAGCACUGAUCAACCUAUUGUCGUAGCAUUUCCUGGCGGUUGUACAUAUGGUGAAGUUGCAGCUCUUAGAUUCGUUGCUAAACGGAGAAGAUGGAAUUUACUUAUUGCUACAUCGUGUAUGCUUACAUCAAGAGACUUAUUGCAGCAAGCUGGAAAAGCAGCAAUGAAUGUGAACUCUCUAUAGGUUUUAAAAUUUCUUGACAGGUAUUCUUUUAAUUGUCUCUUCAAAUUUUUGAUAUCGGAAUCUUCACUUUCAGGUUCUUUAUAUUUGCCUAAAAUUGAAUGUUUUCAGUUUUAUAGUUAUUUGUUCUACUCAAAUAAGGAAUACUUUUUUGUCCUAUAGGUUUCUUGUGUAAAAACUGAUUUUAUUUUGUUAAAUAUGCGAUUUUGUAUAGAACUAAUGUUUUUCUACAAAUAAAAGCUCACUUCUUCCUGUUAUCAAUAUUAUUCAAUGAAUGCAUUUUUAUUGUUUUUUUCCUACAAUAUUUUCCACACUAGUUUUGUCUGUUUUUCACAAAUUAUUUUUGCUUUUUAGUAAUUUUCAUUCUUUUUCUCAAUAAAUUAUAUUUUUUCUGUAAUGCAGUCUUGUUAAAUACUCUAUUAAUUUCAUUCAGACAACACCUUUUUUUGUUAAUUUAUCAGGGUUAGAUUCUAUAAUGUAUGUGUUAGCAAUUGCACAUUUAGCUGUUCAUAUAAUAAUGUUUUUCCUUCAAUUGAGUUCCACUAACCCGUCAGAUUCUCUAAUGAUUUAGGUGGAGUUUAGAAACGUCUGAUAUUUCUCGAUUCUAACUUUUAUUUUUACCUUAUUAGAUAUAAAUUUAUUACAAUUACUGUUAAAUUUUUAUGAUAAAAAUGUUUGUUAGUCGAAGUCAUCAUAUCAUUACAAGAAAAUUAAAACAGAUUAUUUGUAAGAUCAACUAAUUCAAGUGUUUCUUACUAAGAAUACAUUAGAACUUGACUUCAAAGUCAUUUGAUAUUCUGAAACCCAUUCAUAUUGAUGAAUCGUGG